CGCCAGUAAGAAGGGCGCAGGGGAAGAAAGUCAGUCUGCCUGCAGUUGAAGGUAGUUUGAAGAGCGGAGCGCUGUGGGGGGCAAAUAAGAUUCAAAUAUGAGAAGAUUCAGAAGAGACUGGGCUCAUAGAAGGGACUCAGGAAGAUACCAAAGAAGGAGAGAAUAUUUUGAUGAGCCAGAAACCAGCUAUUCGAGCAGCCGAGGGCGCCCGACACGUGAAGAGGUAGUGACGCCGCCACUGCCGGAACAAGCUGCUUCGGGGUCCCUCAUGGCCACGUCUGUGGACUUUAAAACUCACGUAGAUCAGGCAUGUAGAGCUGCUGAGGAAUUUGUCAAUAUUUACUAUGAGACAAUGGACAAAAGAAGACGGGCACUAACCCGGCUGUAUCUGGAGAAGGCCACUUUAAUAUGGAAUGGAAAUGUUGUUACAGGGCUGGAGGCCCUAGCUAAUUUUUUUGAGAUGUUGCCUUCUAGUGAGUUCCAGGUCAAUAUGUUAGAUUGCCAACCAGUUCAUGAGCAAGCUACUCAGGCCCAGACUACAGUUCUCGUUGUGACCAGUGGAAUUGUGAAGUUUGAUGGAAACAAACAACACUACUUCAACCAGAACUUCCUGCUGACUGCCCAGUCUACUCCUAACAACACUGUGUGGAAGAUUGCAAGUGAUUGCUUCCGUUUCCAAGAUUGGGCUAGUACUUAAAAGGGGGCAAAAGUCCAUUCUUCUUUGGUCCAUUAGUUCCAGCAACAGAAAUUUAUGUGAAGUAAUUCAUUUCAUUAUGGAAGCACUAUAAACUAAUAAGUGCUGAAACUCUGUUUUCUUUAAUACUUUUUUUAUUCCUAGCAGCACCUUUUUUAGCAGCUGCCUGUUUGGAUCAUUGCCCUUAAAAGCUUUAAUGCUAGUUUUUUACAUGCCUUAUAUACAUUUCACUAAUAACAUUCUUACAGUAAUACUGUACACAUGGUCUCUGUAUUAAUAUACUCACUGUGAGCCCAGCCUAUUGCAAAAAUGAAAUUCUUUUGUAAUACUAUCUAUGGGAUAUCAGCACAAAGUAACUCUCUGGGAAAAAGUGGAGUUUUUUGGUCAUUGUUACUAGCUUAAUUUCUUAGUAAGACACAUACCUAUUUUCAGUAUUGCUGGUAAUGCAAUUGUAAUGUAAGGCUUUUCCAAAUCCAUUCAGUGAAGGCAUUACUAAUUUAGGUUUGCAUAGCUACUCUGACAUACUAACACGUAGAGAUGUUCGGUAGUCUUUCUUCGUGUUAAGUGUUUUAUGUUGGCAUGUUUUCUUACAGAGUGAAUCUACUAAAACGUUCCCAGUUGAUACUUGAGUAUUGGAUUACUCAGUGAUUUAAAAGCAGAACUACUUAAAAAGAUUUCUCUUGGCAGCUCCAAGUUUGUAACUUUAGGUAACAAAUGAUAGUAGGACUCAUAGCUUUAAUGGGAGAAUGGGGAGUGAGAAAUGGAGAGAUCCAAGGUUGGCCAAAAAUUAAGAACGGUGGCCAAAUGGUAAAUGUUUGGUACUUGUUUUCUACCUCCUAAAAAUGUAGCCUAUUUUUAGGAUUUAAGUCAUAAAUUAGCCUUCUAAAUGGUCCUACGUGUGAGAAGCAAUAACCCUGACCCUGCAGGGUCUGACAGGAAAGUGGGAAACCAAGCCAUUGCUCUCUCUUCGGGACACUCUUCACUUCUAAGUCUUCCAUGUGAACUUCAGGCCAGAAGUCUCCUAUGUAUUACCCACCCCCUGAAAUAAGUGUUUUCUUUGUUUUACACUGUUGGCUGUGUUUUUCUUUCUUUUUUACUUAUUUAAAGUUAAAAUUAUUUAAUAUGAUUUGUUUUUCUGUUGAGCAAAUAGAACUAUUGUAAGGCAUGUUCCUGUCAUGUGGCUAGCUCUGUCUUUUUAAAGAGCAAAUAGAGGACAGCAGAUUUUCAUAAGCCCCUACACUUCAAAAGAACAAAUUGAUUCAUGUUAUAUCUUGACAUAUAAAGAGAAAAGGCUAGCUUUGGUUUUUGUAAAACUUUAAAGUUUUCUCCAUGCUUUUGUUCAUCAUUUCGGUGUUUUUAAGUGAAAGGUGCCAGCUUCGUUUCUCCAUUGCAACUCAAAUAUAAGGUUUCUUAUCGCUUACUUUGGAAAGCAGAAGUUCCUUUACCCUUGACCCAAACUGCAUGUUUCACUUCUGAUGUGUUAACAGAAUAGAAUUAAAUAUUGGAAAAGGGGGUGGAACUGAAAUUUAGACCCACAGUCUCUUAUACUGCUGAUCAAAACUUAAACAUUAUAGUCUACUCAGAGUGAGCUUAUUCUCAUUUUAGAAUGGCUGUUUACAUCUAUGCCUUCAGCAGCAAAUAAUCAGUGCCUAACACUGACCUUUCCCUGGUAGAGAACAAUCUCAAGUAAAAAGCUGCAUAUAACUAGCAAUAACUGAAUUGAGUGGUUAUAUUGUAUGUUUUAAGACUUCUGUAUGCAUUGCUCUUUCCAAACUCUGUAUAACUUUUAAAUGGCUGGAACUACUCUUGUAUGGACUAAGACUAUUUUUGACAUGCACAUAUUUUUGUAACUUGAAAAAAAUAAAAUUUGCCUUGUGACAAGUUUUCUCAA